GUGAAUUACUGAUGACAGUAACCUAACCGAACGAGGAUAGUACGAGCGACCGGUUUUUCGGUGAUUCGAGCGGGUCAAUGGAUAAUGACGACAACAUUGCGGCCGCACGCACGCAACCGACCUUAACGGCCUAGAACGUUGAGCGCCUAUAAAGUUAUGUAGUACUCCUGUCGAUGUUUCAUUCACCAAUCCAAAUUCAAAUACAUCUAGUACACUGAUACUUCCACUAUUCAUAUCCCCCAUUAUGACAAAAAUCUGGUUCAUCACAGGGUCUUCUCGUGGUCUCGGCCUUGCCAUUGCCGAAGCUGCUCUCAACAAUGGAGACUCUGUCAUCGCUACCGCUCGUAAGCCGGAGCAGCUUACCAAUUUAGUCAAUAAGUUUGGCAAGGAGCGCGUCUUCCCAGUCGCUCUCGACGUGACCGACAAUAAUCAAGUCCUCCAAGCCGUUAAGUCCGGACAUGAGAAAUUCGGUCGAAUCGAUGUCGUCAUCAACAAUGCAGGAUAUGCCAACACUGCCGCUGUUGAAGAUAUUGACGUUGAUGACUUUUGCGCUCAAGUGGAGGCCAACCUGAUGGGCGUAGUCUACGUCUCUAAGGCCGUGCUCCCCAUCCUUCGUCAGCAGAAGUCAGGACAUAUUUUCCAAGUGUCUUCGCUUGGAGGCCGUAUCGGUGCUCCUGGUCUUUCGGCUUACCAAUCUGCAAAAUGGGCCGUUGGUGGAUUCUCUACGGUUCUGGCCCAAGAGGUGGCUUCGUUUGGGAUUAAGAUCACCGUUCUUGAACCUGGUGGUAUUCGAACCGAUUGGGCCGGCUCAUCCAUGCAGGUACCUACAGUAAGCGAGCCGUACCAAGCGACGGUUGGCGCCUUUGCCGAAUCUCUUCGCAAGUCAUCUGGAUCCGAGGUGUCUAUCCCGAGCAAGAUUGCAAACAUUGUGCUUAAGGUUUUGGGUGAAAAAGAGCCUCCUUUACGCCUUCUUGUUGGACCUGAUGCGGUCGAAUAUGCUGGAAAGGCUGCCGAGGUACUCAGUGCAUCUGAUGAAAAAUGGCGCGAGCUGAGCCUUGCUUCAGCCUAGCUUGGUUGGCCUGAAUCCUGGGUACUUUUCAAAGCUCGUCUUUCUUCGCACUCUCCCUCUUGGUAUCUCCCAGGUAGAAUUUUGGCUUGUGGAUACAUUUCUAGAUUGAUAGAAUAUCCCAACAAUCAAUGCUAUCUGAGUUGAUUUUCCUCCCUUCUGGAUGUUCUAUCUGAAAAAGAGAGGGGGUUGGUAUAGAUGCUUAUUUGAUAGCAUAUUUGGUAAUAUUGGAGUGGUAUUUCACAUCAAAGUAUCUGGUGGAGUGAGAAAACUGUGAACGGUGGCGGAGCCGGGUGUCAUUGGUCAUUUAAGGAUCUGAUUAGAUAAGCUUGUAUGGCCUCUUCUUUGGCCUGGCAUCUACAAUAGAACAAUCAUCCCCCUUUGAAAGAACAGUUUUUUGUAGAGUUCACUUGCACUGCUUACCACUGUACUCAGAAUCAUUUCACCCUACCGUCCUGUCUGCUCUGUCAGACCGCCAUCGCGCUCUUUCCACUUCACUAGGUAGGCGAUAUAUACAAUCCUCAUCUUUGAUCUUAUUUGUUCCCUUUCAUAGUACAUGCCUCUUGACUUUGAAUAUGCAUAUAUGCAUCAUGGCUCUGUUCUUAAGUCUCGUUUACUGGCUGUGGCUUGACUAAACCAUGUACAAUAUCAUAUUAGUCUCGAGUCUUGCUUAUGUCCAAAACCAUUCCUCGUCUUUUGAUAAAGUUAUAUGAGCAUUGCUUUUGCUCUUUUUGUGUACGGCACAGGCAUGUCUACUUUUCACUUACUAUUUUCCUAACUUUUCCCUAAGCCAUUGAUCUACGAAUAUGAAGGCUUAUAAUGUAGCUAUCACUGAGGCACAAGAAAUGUACCUCGCCUGAGUGCCCCGAGAGGUUCACUUUCCUGUCAGGCUGAAUACCGAAACGGCCUUA